UUGUAAUCUUUUUUUCCCCCCCAAGAAACAAUAAUAAAUCAUUAGAUUGCACUGUUUUACACAUAGAGUGCGCCCAUAGCCUUAGUGAAUAACUGAAUGCAACAACAAUAUUUGGAGGAAAUACGAACAGAAUAAAUGACCUACAUCCCCCCCCCCCUUCUUUUUUUUAUACCGUACAGGAACCCUUUCACGACUGUUCUUAUACAAGUGCACGAACGGCCCAGUGUAUCGGGCCGCCCACAUUUAACGCGCGUCGUCAGUUGAAUAUAACAACAACCGACGCUUUGUUGCAGACAGACGUUAGUACGAACGUUGAGUGGAUAGGUGAAAAUAUUAUUGCGGGAAACUGGUUUCAUCGAAAUCGAUGUUUGAAAGUCUAGAGUACUGGACUAGUUGAUCAAAAUGACAAUCGGAAAUGGCGGGGGAAGUCGAACGGAAUUUCAAUCGAGUGAGGCGGAGAUAGUAACAGUGGGAAAGACGUUGGAUGCUAACAAAUAUGCUACCAAGAAAACUAUCGCUCAGGGAAUGUUGGACAUUGCACUGCUAACUGCUAAUGCUUCUCAGUUAAAAUACGUUUUGCAGCUGGGACAUCGGCACGAGUUCUAUUACAUCAUGGUUUCUCUCAUCUCAUCUUCGAUCUUUCUUCAGGUCAUGGUCGGUAUCCUAUUUCUAGUGAUUGGAUCUGUGAACAUCAAUAAAGAUGAUAACCAUCGGUCGGCAGUGAUUCUCAAUGAUUUGGUGGUAGUCUUCAUUUUUGUUAUUUCUGUUAUCAACAUUAUAAUUUCAUCGUUUGGAAUCCAACAUAUCGAUUUGGCUAUUCUCCCCAACAAUUCAAACGUAACGACAGCUACGUUAAUGGGGAAUAGUGACUUUCUUGUUUCUUCUACCAGCUUCUACUUUGAUGCUUCGAAUUAUUUUUAUUGGAUUACUGUGAUAAUAAUGGAUCGUUCUGGGGUUACUUCUGCCAACAGUUACCUCAGAGGGGUCUCUGUAAAGAUUAGCGAAAAGUACCGACCUCCUCGUAGACCCACACUUCCGCCUGGAUUAUGCUUCGAACCUUCUCCUCAUUUAUUUUCUGAUAAUAUUGACCUCAUUGAUGAAGUGAGUGCAUUGAAGCUGAUAGCCUCAAUGAGAGAUCUACAUACACUGGAGACUGCAAGAAGAAAGCAAAGUGUAUCUGCAUUUUUAGAGAGUCAAGCUGCUGUCGAUGAGAAGGAAAUUGAAGAGAUCACUUCAGACCUUUCCUUGAACAGUCUUACUAACAACAUUCCCUCACUAAGUGUUAUCAACUUGCAAGCAAGGAAUGGGCAAUUGCUACAACAUACUCAAGCUUCCAUGGAAGUCCUUACUCCAAUUCAAAGCUCGACUGUGGAAAUCAAGAAGAAAGAAAACAUGUCUGCUAUUAAUCUAGCUGAAUUUGAGAGUUAUUCAACAAAUCCUUUUGAGGAAAUGGAAUUAAAGACCUUGAAUGACAAAGAAGAAUUAGCCAUGUUGCUCCAACCCAGCCCUCAGCCAUCUUAUGGACUACAGUAUCAGAACUAUAACCCAUCAACAAUUCCAUCUUGGACUGAAAAUAGACAUCAACCUGUGCGUCAAUAUGAAGCUGCAGCAAAUUGGAUUCCCAACGAAAGUUCAUUCUUUAGUGUUGACAAGCUAUCUCAUGGGAACAUCGCUAUACCUGUAGAAUUCCAAAAUCAAGCAAUCUCACAUAAAAACUUACGUCAAGCUAAAAGUGUCCCAGACCUCUCGGACGUAAGUUUUGGGACGGGAGAAAUCCCAAUAAAUAAACCGCCAUUUACAGGUGUGACGGACAAAAGACUCAGUUCUCGCACUCCCCCUCCUCGUUUAACAUCAGAUUCUAUAAAGAGACCAGUGCCCAAACCAAACCUUGAUGUUGCAUCUCCGUUUGAAAGGAAGCUGAACGCAAUCGAAAAACGUUUAGUCCAGCAGCUACAAGAUAUGGGAUUUGUGAGAGAAAAUGCAGUUCGUGCUAUUGCUCGACUUGGUGCCAACGAAAAGGAUGUUGUUGAUCAGCUUUUACUAAUACAGAAACUGGAAGAAUCGGGCCAUUCUAUUGAGAGAAUAGACACGGCUUUAGACGUUCUUAAGCCCUGCAAGGAAUUACCAACGCAAUUAGAACAUCAUUUAGUGUUAGUUGAUCAGCUGUCUGCCUUAGGAUUUGAACACGAUAAGAUUAGCUCUGCGCUUGUUGCUGCUGGACACGAUCGCGAUAAAGCCUUGGAUAUUCUUUUGUUAAAGUAAAUUACAUUAAAAUCAUACGAUGUUUAUUUAGUUUUUUUUUUUUUUCGUGUUCUUAUGUCCUCAAGUCAAUCAAUAUUUUUUUGUUCUUAGAUAAGUAUAAAAAUUCGAGUGUCAAUGAUUCUGUACUUGGUCUUCACCUUUUUUCUGCUGGAAUAAAUUGACAUAUGACAUUA